CGCAGGGUUUCCCUCCCGGUUCUGCAGGGACUCGGACACUCUGCCGGAGGAAAGCGUUGCGAGGCGUUCGGCGAGGAAGAAGCUCAUCUUGGCCGCCGUCGUCAGCCUCGUCUUCAUGACCGGGGAGGUGGUCGGUGGAUACUUCGCUCAGAGUCUGGCCAUCAUGACGGACGCAGCUCACCUGCUGACGGACGUCUGCAGCAUCUCGAUCAGCUGCUUCUCUCUGUGGCUCUCCUCCAGACCAAAGACUGACUCCAUGACCUUCGGAUGGCAUCGAGCAGAGAUCCUGGGCAUGCUGCUGUCGGUGUUUUCCAUCUGGAUCGUGACGGUUUUGCUGCUGAUCUCGGCCGCUCGGAGGAUUUCUGACGGAGAUUACGAGAUCGACAGUUUCAUCAUGCUCAUAACAUCGGGGGGGGCGGUGGGGGUCAACGUGCUGAUGGUCCUGAUUCUUCAUCAGUCCGGAGCUUCACACGGUCACAACCACAGCUUUCCCCCCGCCAGGCUGCAGACUGACAAACAGCGUGACCUUCAUCAUGACCUUCAUCAUCACGACCUUCACCUUGACCUCCAUCAUGGACACAAUGCCAGUGUUCGGGCAGCUUUUGUUCACGUUGUCGGGGAUCUGCUGCAGAGUUUUGGGGUGCUGCUGGCUGCAACCAUCAUACACUUCAGGCCUGAAUAUAAAGUAGCAGAUCUCAUCUGCACGUUCCUGUUCUCAGUUCUGGUUCUGGGGACGACGAUUCCCAUUUCAAAGGAUGUGUUCAGGGUCCUGAUGGAGGCAGGGAGCCCUGAGCAGGUGAUCAGUGUGAGGGAGCGUCUUCUGUCUCUGAGAGGAGUUCAGAACGUUCACAACCUGCACGUCUGGAGCCUCAACCUGAACAAACACUUCCUGUCUGCACACCUGAGCACAGAUGCAGACCCCCUCCUCGUCCUCUCCUCAGCCAAUCAGCUGCUCCGCUCGGAGUUUGGUUUCUGCAGCGUCACUCUGCAGGUGGAGCGCUGAACAGCUGGUUCUGAUUAUAUCUGAAAUAUUUAU